UUUCGGUCCCAUUCUUAGGCGGGUGCCGCGAUCUUCUCGUCCGUUUCUCCCGCACGGCUGUGGAGAGGGCUUAAUACUUUUUACUGAGGGGCCUGGAUAAUUUGUUACGGGAUUUAAUUCUCCCCACUACACAAUGACAUCAGAUUUAACGGCCCCUGAGGAAUUUGCCAAUCAAAGUGAUGACUCUGAAUCUUCUGGUAGCAGCUUAUUUAAAACUCAGUGUGUGCCUCCUUCACCCAAGCGGAGGAGACAAAGCCCUCAAAGAAGAUCCGUGCCUGCUGACAGUGCUUGGGCAAGAGAUUCCUCUAGUGAUUCCUCUUGGGAACCAAGACCAUUGACCUUAAAAGCAGUGUUUGAGAGAUUUAAAGCAAAGAAACGCAAAAGAAAGAAGAAGAAAUACAAGGCAACAGGAAGACCAAGGGGAAGACCACCAGGAGGCAGAAGCAGGAAAAGCUCACAAAUUGAUCAAAAGCAAUUUAAAGAUCGAGGCACUGGUUUCUCGUUUUUAGAAUCGGAAAAUGGAAGAAACUCCCUUCCAUGGAAAAAAAUUUUAACAUUUGAACAAGCCGUUGCAAGAGGAUUUUUCAAGUAUGUUGAAAACCUGAAGUAUGAAUAUCACCUCAAGGAAUCUUUGAAACAAAUGAAUGUUGGAGAAGAUUUAGAAAAAGAAGACCUUGAUAGUCGCAGAUAUAAAUACUUGGAUGAUGAUGGAUCCAUAUCUCCUAUUGAAGAGCCUUUGGCUGAGGAUGAGGAUCCAACCCUGGAAUGUAGUGAUGACUGUGAUAUCAAAUUGGUGGAAGAUAAUUGCUUUAUAAUAAGUUGUGAAUUCCCAAAGAAGAGGAAGGCAAAUUUAGACGAAGACAAUACUGAAGAUGUUACAUUGUUUAGGAAGGAAGUUUCUAAAACAAAGAUACUGGGCAAAAAAGAGGACGGAAAUGACCUGAACGGAGUCAAGAAUAAAAAUGUCAAAUGAGGUAAAAAGAAAAAGCCCUUGUUCCCAGGAAGGCGCUGAGACGUGGGCAUACAUGCCAACAUUGAUGAGAUUCUUGGAAGAGAUUAGUAGAAUGGAGCCUAUAUUUUAUACCUGUGAGCUGCUCUAUGUAGGAAAAUCUGGAUAUCAGAGAAAUUACUUGCUAGAAGUAUUCUGACUGUGCUUGCUGAUAGUGUUUUAUUUCAGAAAUAGUGUUUCAACACUGCACCAAUUUAGUUGAGAUUUUGAAACCGCCCUGCAGAGAAAAGUCUGAUUGGCUGACAGCUUGGCACAAAUUCUGUGGUACCUGCUUAUUUGCAAUUUUCAUUUUGCAAAUGGCUUCCCAUACAAAUGCCAACCACCUAAAACUCCCAAGUGCUAAUUUUCAUAUUUAUACUUGUCAGCAGCCUAUUAUAGUAAUUUAAGGGGACACUGGCUGUGUAAGUAAAGUCCUUGGCUGCUAAGUAAACUACCUGUGGCUGCUGAGUAGGAGAGCCUUGUUUGCCUCUGAAGAUUUGCAAUCAUGAAGCCCCAUUGGGUGAUCCCAUCUACUGUAUCCUAUUAGGGUAUGUAUGUAAAUACUCUGCUUUUAUAUAGGGUCAUAUCCUACAGUUGUAUAACUGCAUUUGUGUUUGUGUUUGUUUAAUUAGUGGACAAACACUCAAAGACAGGUGCAAGAAUAAAUCCUCUUUUGCAACCCAAAACUCAUUGUGCAGUAUGAGUUUUGAUACAGAUAAGAAGGGACAUGUCAUUAAACCAGUUACUAGAGCACAGUGUCUUGACAGUUGUGGACACUUCCCAGGACUUGCUUUUGAGGGCUUCAGACGAAACAUCAACCAGGUAAGGAAUGUGCCGACAUGACAAUGGGCAUUUAAAGCUGUUGUGUAUUGGAACUUACGUUUUACCCGAGCAGUAGAGUAGGUCAUAAAGGCUAUCUUGGCUGCAUUUUAACAUUCUAAUCUUACUUAUUACCAUGAAACAUUAAGAUUGUCUCCAUUUUUUUUAGACAUUUUAUCUUGAACCUGAUGCCUGGACUUUCAGGGCCCUAAAGGGAAUAACAGAAUUUUCAGGCAUGAAAUGUUUGACAUUUGUCCAUAAUGGAGGUUAAAGUGGUGUAACCAGAAGUAUUAACAGGUCUGAGAUUAAUGCUUACUAGACAAUGGUGGCUCGUGGCUCCUUACAAAGGUGAGCGCACUUUAAAGUCAGGUCAUUUCAAAGCGGGCUUAUGGAACUGAGAUCAAGAGCUCUUAACGCCGUGACCACAGAUAGUCUCCACGGAAUGCCAUCGACCUCCACAGUGCUGUUUCCUGAAUGUAACCAUGUAUCUCCACAGGAGUUUAUAAAAACAUGUGCCAAGUUCAACCAAGGGGUAAUUUUUUUCUUACCAGGGCUAUCUUGAACUUUUGCAAGAUUUAGAGGAACCAAUGGAUGACAAAGAUAUGUAAAACUCCUUAAAUAAAAUUUAUUAAUAUUAAAUAAAAUCUAUAAAACAAAAAUG